GCUCUGACGCUAAAAAUAAGACACGCACACGCUGACAGUGAGUCAACAAGUCUGUGACACACAAGACAGGCCAGAAGAGACUGUCUGCCAUUGAAGGGAGAACAAACUGGUCUUUAAAGACUGGAUCGUUAUUAUAGUUCCACAGAGGUCCCACUCUGACUGACUUGUCAUGAUGUUGGAGAGGAAGGUUGCUGCUCCUGCUCCUGUUCCCGUUGGUGUUGGUGUUGGUGUUGGUGCUGGUGUUGGUGUUGGUGUUGGUGUUGGUGUUGGUGUUGGUGCUGGUGUUGGUGUUGGUGCUGGUGUUGGUGCUGGUGUUGGUGUUGGUGUUGGUGUUGGUGCUGGUGUUGGUGGUGGUGUUUACGAUGUGGCGUCAGUGAGGAGUGUGUGGGAGGUGCGUGUGAGGACACAUCUUCUGCGGCAGAGGAAGGAGCAGGACAGGAAGGAGAGGAGCGCCCUGGCCAGGAUUGAGCAACAAUGGCAGUAUUUUAUCUACUGCAAGACGCUGAAAACACACGAACGCAACCUGCUGGACACCAGAUCUACUCUACACACACUCACUGCAGAGCAUGCGUCCAAUCAGGAGACAGAUGUGCAGCGAGCACAGUGUGACAGUCCAGAUGUCAGUAACCAUGGUGAUGACAACUUAUUGUUCCAGCUGCAUGGUGACCAGUGGAAGGACUUCCCGCGGGAGCUGCAGUGGCGGACAUAUUUGAGGGCGUGGCACGUGACGCACACCAACAUCCAGAAGCUGCCAGACUACUUGUCAUCUUUCACACAACUCCAAGUGUUGGAGAUGCCCAACAACGCCCUCAAGGAGCUGCCGCCCGCCAUCGGACAACUGAGCGCGCUCACACAGCUCAACGUCAGCUACAACCGUCUGUCCGCCAUUCCUGCCCAGCUGGGCCUCUGUGACAACCUGGAGAGACUUCUAGUCUGUGCUAACUUCAACCUGGGACAGCUUCCUUUUGAGCUGAGUGGCUUGAAGAAGUUGCGUCACCUGGACGUGUCUCAGAACAACUUGGCCUCCAUUCCUGUCUGCACACUCAGGAUGUCAUCUCUGCAGCUGCUAGACCUUAGUGACAACAUGCUAACUGACCUGCCACAGGACAUGGACAGACUCCAGCAGCUGCAGACAUUGUUUGUGCACAAGAACCAGCUGACAUAUCUUCCUCAGUGUCUGACCAACAUUCCCACACUCAACAUGGUGGUGGUCAGCGGCCAGGACCUGACUUGUGUUCCCACACAACUGUGCAGCAACCCCGCCAUCAAGUUCAUCCGACUGUACGAAAGUGGUGUGGGCGACAGGAAGUCCAGACAGGCGAGUGUGAGGACGAGGACGAGGACAGAGGAGCCGAGCAGGGACAGCAGCCAGAAGGAGUUCCUGGAAGUCUACGUGGACACGCUGAAAGACCGAGAGGACGUCCCGUACGCCACCACCAAAGUGUCCAUUUCCUGUCUGCUGUGACCAACACAGCCAUGCUAACAUGCUAAUGCUAACAGUUGCUAGGUGACCCAGCAAACAUGAGGGCAGAAAUCAUGUUGUCAAGCUGAACACGAAGCGCUAACACUGGCUACGCUACUAGCGACAGUCCUCUCCCGCUAAAACUCCCUGAAAAGAUGGACUUUAUCCACACAUUCUGUGGACAUCUUUAUUCAUAAACACAUCCUGCUCUGCCAGAGAAUAAGAAGACUAAGUCAAGUCGCUACGUUCAGAAAACUUCAUUCAUACCAUGAAGGAAUGAUUUUACUUCCUAAUAUGAAAUAUUUAGUGAAUAAUAUUUUCAGUCACUAAAUAUUUACCUUUAGCAACAUGUAUUUACAUAGAAGUAGCAACUAAUAUAACUAACAAUUCACAUAAACAUGAAUAACCUAUUCAUGUUUUUAGGGACUUAAUAUUUAUAAAUAUUUGGAGACUAUUUAGUUAUCAAUGUUGAAUAUUUUAAUAAAUAUUUAGCAACUGAUAUACUGAAGAAUAUUUUUCAACUAAUAUAAUUAUACAUAUUUAAUUAUAUUUUGCAACUGAAAUAUUCCUAAAUAUUUAGCGACUAAUAUACUUACAUUUAGAAACUGUUAACACAAAAUAAGUGAUUGAUAUAUUCAUACAUUUUUAGCAGCUUAUUAUUCAUUAAUAAUUUGAGGCUAAAUACUUACCAAUGUUAAGUGUUGAAUAUUUUUGUGAAUAUUUAGGUAGUGAACAUUUUCGUGACUAAUUAUAAAUAUUUAGCAACCAACCAUAUAUGGUGACUAAUAUAUUUGAGAAAAUGUAACAACUAAUACAGUUUUUAAAUAUUUAUCGACUAACAUCCAUAUUUAGUGACUAACAUACACUAUAUUGACAUCCAUCCAAAUGAUGAGAAUCACUAACCACUUGGCCCGGUGUAUCAAAUCAAGCACUUAAUCAUGGAGACUGUUUCUACAAACAUUUGCCGCUCUCAGUGAUUUCCAGCAUGGAAGUGUCACAGGAUGCCACCUGUGCAACAAUUUCAGUCGGGAAAUUUCCUCGCUUCUAAAUAUUUCAAAGUCAACUUUAUUCUAAAAAAAAUGAAGAGUUUGGGAACAACAGCAACUCAGCCAAACUGACAGAGAGGUCAGCAUAGUGCAAAGACUUUCUGCACAGUCACUUGCUACACAGCUCCAAACCUCAAUUCACCUUCCAAUUAGCCCACGUACAGUACGCAGAGAGCUUCAUGGAAUGGGUUUCCAUGGCCGUGCAGCUGCAUCUAAGCCAUACAUCACCAAGUCCAAUGCAAAGCGUGGGAUGCAGUGUUGUAAAGGACAUCGCCACUGGACUCUAGAGCAGUGGAGAUGCCUUCUCUGGACUGAUGAAUCACACUUUUCUACCUGGCAAUCUGAUGGAGCAGUCUGGCUUUGGAGGUUGCCAGGAGAACACUACAUUGUGCAGAGUGUGAAAUUUGGUGGAAGAGGAAUUAUGGUGUGGUGUUGUUUUUCAGGAGUUGGGCUUGGCCCCUUAGUCCCAGUGAAAGGAACUUUAAAUGCUCCAGGAUACCAAAACAUUUUGUACAAUUCCAUGCCCCCAACCUUGUGGGAACAGUUUGGAGCGGGCCCCUUCCUCUUCCAAGCAAGGUCCAUAAAGACAUGGAUGACAGAGUCUGGUGUGGAUGAACUUGACUGGCCUGCACAGAGUCCUGACCUGAACCCCAUAGGACACCUCUGGGAUGAAUUAGAACGGAGACUGAGAGCCAGGCCUUCUCCACCAACAUCAGUGUGUGACCUCACCAAUGUGCUUUUGGAGGAAUGGUGGAAAAUUGCUGUAAAGACACUCCACAACCUUGUGGACAGCCUACCUAGAAGAUCUAAACACACUCCACAACCUUGUGGACAGCCUACCUAGAAGAUCUAAACACACUCUGCAACCUUGUGGACAGCCUACCUAGAAGAUCUAAACACACUCCACAACCUUGUGGACAGCCUACCUAGAAGAUCUAAACACACUCCACAACCUUGUGGACAGCCUUCCCAGGAGAUAUAAACACACUCCACAACCUUGUGGACAGCCUACCUAGAAGAUCUAAACACACUCCACAACCUUGUGGACAGCCUACCUAGAAGAUCUAAACACACUCCACAACCUUGUGGACAGCCUACCUAGAAGAUCUAAACACACUCCACAACCUUGUGGACAGCCUACCUAGAAGAUCUAAACACACUCCACAACCUUGUGGACAGCCUUCCCAGGAGAUAUAAAGACACUCCACAACCUUGUGGACAGCCUACCUAGAAGAUCUAAACACACUCCACAACCUUGUGGACAGCCUACCUAGAAGAUCUAAACACACUCCACAAC